CUAACCAGUAUCCUCUUCAUUUUCGUUAAGUUUUGGUAGAAUAAGGUUGUUUUACCAGCAACUGUUCUUCGUUAUAUUAAUAAUAAGUGUUUCGUUAUUUUUUGCUAUCGAAUUUAUAUAAAAAAAAAAAAAUACUUUCAUAUUAUAUCCUAUUCAAGUGUUUUAUCAAACAAUAUGGCUGUAGUAGAUGGAAACGUGAUGCUUACGGUUGUGAAGGAACUCCCGUUCAUUAAACUGGGCGAUUUUAUUUUACAAUUCGAAAUAGGACCACUAAAUCCCGAAUUGCAAGAAGUCGCUAGAAAAGAACUUCGAGAAACACCGGAAUUACAAAAGGAAUCCAUGGAAAGAUUGAAAGAAUUAUUGAAAGCUGAAACUGAUUUAAAGUGUCCUUUGGAUAACGACGCUUGGUUAAUUAGAUUCCUUAGGCCUUGUAAAUAUUAUCCUGAAUCUGCUGCUGAUCUAGUGAAGAAUUAUUACAAAUUUAAAAUCAAACAUAGUUCUAUAUACAAUGAUUUGAAACCCAGCAAAGAAACGAAUAUUUUCGAACAAAACAUUUUGACAGUUUUACCGACCCGAGAUCAACACGGUAGACGAAUAUUAAUCAUUCAACUUGGAAAAAAAUGGAAACACAAUCAAUGCAGUCUCGACGAGAUCUAUAAGGGUUGUGUACUUUAUUUGGAAGCAGCUAUGUUAGAACCAACCACGCAAGUUGCUGGUGCAAUUGUUAUUUUCGAUAUGGAUGGUCUUUCUCUUCCACAAACCUGGCAAUUUACUCCACCGUUUGCAAAAAGAUUAGUCGAAUUACUUCAAGAUGCUAUGCCAUUGAGAGUCAAAAAUUUGCACAUUAUUAAUCAACCAUAUGUUUUCAAUAUGGUAUUUGCACUCUUUAAACCUUUUCUCAGGGAGAAAUUAAAAAGCAGAAUAAUCUUUCAUGGUACGGAUCGUAAAUCUCUGCAUCAAUAUGUAACACCAACAUGUUUACCUGAGUGUUAUGGUGGAACUCUACAAAUUCCUGUAGUAAUGGGAAACCAAUGGUUAGAACUUUUAUUGAAGUGUGACGAAGAGUUCGAAGCUAUAAAUUCAUAUGGAUAUAAGAAGUAGCACGAUUCAUAAAAAUUUCAGAAAAAGAAUGUAUUAAACUUAAAAUCAUUGUUAGCGAUGCCUUGCCACUAACAAUGGUCAUUGUAAAAGAUAAAGUAUCAUGAUUUUCGCCAGAACCUGUUUCCGCGAAAAAAAAAAGUAAUACGUGUAUUAUUUGUAAUUUUAAUUAUUUUUUAUUCUCU